UCCGCAUUACGACUGCGGAUGAAGCGUUGCAGGAAAGAAGGCUAACGCUAAUGUUUGCUAACUGAUUAGCAAGGCAGUCUGAAUCAUGGAACAGUGUGCGUGUGUGGAGCGGGAGCUGGAGAAAGUGCUCCAUCGCUUCGUCAUGUACGGCCACCAGUCUGAGGAGAGGCUAGACGAACUUCUGCGAAGUGUCUGUGAAAUAAGAGGACAGCUAGUUGCUUUUGGAGUGCAGGAUGCAGACUUGUCAGUCCUGUCUCAAACUAUGGCUCAGUGUUGUAAGAAUAUCAAAGAAACUGUACAGAUGCUCGCUUCUCGACAUAAAGACAUCCAUGGCAGCGUAUCAAAAGUGGGCAAAGCCAUUGACAGGAAUUUUGAUGCGGAGAUCAGCGCUGUGGUGGCAGAAACAGUGUGGGACACCCCAGAGAGACAGAAGUACCUGAGUGAAUCUAUUGUGGAGCAUUUGUACAGGCAAGGAAUGCUUAGUGUGGCAGAGGACCUCUGUCAGGAGUCUGGUGUAGUGAUUGAUAUGAGUAUGAAGCAGCCUUUUCUUGAACUCAACAGGAUUCUUGAAGCUCUGAGGAUGCAAGAUCUCAGACCGGCUCUAGAGUGGGCCGUCACGAAUCGCCAGCGCCUGCUGGAACUGAACAGCAGCUUAGAGUUCAAGUUGCACCGUUUGUACUUCAUAAGUCUGCUCGGUGGCGGAAUCGGCAACCAAAUGGAGGCUCUGCAGUAUGCCAGGCACUUCCAGCCCUUCGCCUCUCAGCACCAGAGAGAUAUCCAGAUCUUGAUGGGCAGUCUGGUGUAUCUUCGUCACGGCAUCGAGAACUCUCCGUAUCGCAGUCUGCUGGAGACGAAUCAGUGGGCUGAGAUCUGUAACAUCUUCACCAGGGAUGCCUGCGCUCUGCUGGGUCUCUCUGUGGAGUCUCCACUGAGUGUCAGUUUUGCGUCAGGCUGCAUGGCCUUGCCGGUACUGAUGAACAUCAAACAGGUGAUUGAGCAGAGACAGUGCAGUGGAGUCUGGACACACAAGGACGAGCUGCCUAUUGAAAUUGACCUCGGCAAAAAGUGCUGGUACCACUCUGUGUUCGCCUGUCCCAUUCUGCGGCAGCAGACCUCCGAGAGUAACCCUCCCAUGAAGCUCAUCUGUGGCCACGUCAUCUCCAGAGAUGCACUCAACAAACUCACCAAUGCUGGGAAGUUGAAAUGUCCCUACUGCCCCAUGGAGCAGAACCCGUCACAUGCCAAGCAGAUCUACUUUUGAUACCGCACUGCUCGUCUCGUCAAGGAUGAAGUUACCUGGAGCUCCUUGGAUAUCCAGGACCCUUUGCUCUGGCCCCUGUCCUCGAUCCUUGGCCUCUUGGCCUGUUUAUUUUAAGCAUUAAGGUUUCGCCCCAGUGUUCCUCUGGACCACCUCAGCCGUCUGGAAACUCACCUCGGACCAUUAAACUUUGCAUAAUACACAAAGUCCAGCGAGGUUGGUUGAACCUGUCGUAGAGAAGAGUCUGUCGGGUCAUCCCUGUGAAGAAGCACCUCGGAGAAAAGAUCACUCGUUGAAAUUUAUUUGCCAAUGCCUGCAGAGUUAUAGGCUUGUCUUUGAAAAGUAUCUAAUACUUUCUACUGAUUUUUGAGGGGCUUUGACUGUUUUGACUUGGAUGACUGCUCUGUUUUGUUUUUUCUCUUCUUUUUUUGUCUUUGAGUAAAUGGUAUAGAUAUAGGCAGACUGACUUCAGGAUGGUAAUCUUGUGUUUCUUACGAGAACCCACUGAGUCCCAUGAAAGCCUCUUCUUUUCUGCUGAAGGGAAGUUAAAGUGUGGAGGUUUGUCUUGAUUUAAACUCUAGAUCGGGACCUGUUUCCUCUCUGUGGCGUACUCGAGGCCUCUCGUAGCUUGGAAGUCCCCGUCGACUGCUGCCUCCGUUUGGUCAGAAUGAAUUUAUCAGUGGUGGAACAGCUUUUUUUUUUUUUUUUUUUUCCUGUGAUUGAAUGCACCAGCAGGAUUCUUAUUGAAGCCAUUUGUCUUGUUUUGUGUGUGUUCUUAAUGAAAGUGACAAAAAAAAGCAAACGAAAUAUACAGCUUACUACUGCAAAACGUGUUGCUUUCCUGUUAUUUCUUUUAUUUUUAUUACAACCGCCCCCGUGUAAAAUAGCUAACUGCCCAGCAUCGAACCUUAUCGACUCUGUUGCAUAACUCAAACAUGUAUUGACUCAGAUUUUCC